CAAGCACGGCGUCCGCGAUCCAAUAUGUCCGCAGUCUCACGAUAGAACGCGUUACUUUUCGACAUACUGCCGCAGGAGAGAGUCAGAGGAGAUAAUUCCGGCGCGAACGGCUCAAAGCCGUUCCGUCCGUACGAGAAUCGUGGGAUCGGUGUCGCAUGCCCGCGAUUCGUCGGCGUGCGACACGAUCACGGAAGGAAUCAGAAGCAACACCGAGAGUAAGAGAACGAGAGGGACGGAGUGAGGAAGAGAGAAAGAGAGAGAGAGAGAGUGAGUAAGAACGAAGCGGGACGGAAAUCGAGAAGCGUCAACUCUGGUCAACUCGCAUCGGUGCGGUCCUAGAUACGUUCCCACGAGCCCGUUUCCACGGCAUCGAGAACUACUGGGUGCGACUGCGACGCGGGAUCAGCAACGGCUUUCGUGAACCGUCGUCGACAACGCCGAGAGCGCGCGCGGAAUCGUGGGAUCGUCCACCGCGACGACGCCGUCAUCCACCUGCAGCUCAUCAGGAUAACCGAGCCGACGACGUUUCCCAGAUGUCGAUCAUCGUCGUGUGGGACGAUUUGGUCACGAUUUGAGAUUUCGAAGCGGGCGCAUCGCGCAGCAUCGAAUCUAUGAGAAGAAUUCAGGGGGUAUGAAUUGUAGUGAUAGACAAGAUGUCAAGCGACAGCGAUAAUACUUGUUUGAUACGUCAUCAUAAUCAUAAACGCAAAAAAAUUGUCAUUAGUGACAGUGAUAGCAGCGAUGAAUCUGUUAUUGUACAAAUUCGAAGAAAGAAGAAACUUAGAGUCGUUAGUGAAGGAGAAAGCAGCAGCGAUAGUGAUGUACCUAAGCCUGUGAUUAGACGACAAAACCAUAGAGUUAUUAAUGACGAAUCUAAUAGUAGCGAAGAAAGCAGAUCCACGCAUAUUACAGACAGUAGUACAUCCGAAUGGGAAAGUGAUUGGACUAGUUCAGAUGAAUCAAGCGAUACUUAUAAAUGUACUGCUAAGCGUAAAGUUUUAUCUAAAAGUAAAAGUGAGAAUGCCAAUAAACCUGGUUCCUCUUCAUUAACUAAUGCCAACGCUAACUCUGAUAGCAGUGAUGAUCAGUCGGAAAAAUGUCCUAUAUGUCUGCUACCAUUUAGAAAACAGCAAGUUGGUAUCCCAUCUGAAUGCGACCAUUGCUUCUGUUUAGAAUGUUUAUUGGAAUGGAGUAAAAACAUCAAUACUUGUCCAGUGGAUCGCAUAUCCUUCACUACAAUUAUUGUUAGAAGUCAUUUUGACGGCGAG